AGAGAGCAGUUUUGCGUGAGUCUUGGAGGAAGUACAACUUUGACACUUCCGCCCCCGAGUCACCAUCGCUCCACUCGCUCGUCCUCCUCCGCGCGCGUCGUGCCCAGCGUCACCCAGCACCGGGUCAGCCAGCACCGGGUCAGCCAGCACCGGGUCAGCCAGCACCGCGUCCCCGGGUCACCCAUGAGGCUGGAGGCCGCGGCCAGGAUGGAUCUGUUCCGGAAGCUGUGGAGGGCGAGGAAUCUGAUUGUUGUGCUUUUCAUCCCGCUGUGUCUGCUGCCACUUCCGCUCCUGCACCCCACCAGUGAAGCGUGUUGUGCGUAUGUGCUGAUCGUCACAGCCGUCUACUGGGUGUCAGAAGCUGUUCCCUUGGGGGCCGCCGCCCUUGUGCCCGCCUUCCUCUACCCGCUCUUUGGGGUGCUCAAGUCAAGUGAGGUGGCGGCGGAGUACAGCAAAGACACCACCCUGCUGCUGAUGGGAGUCAUCUGUCUGGCUGCGUCCAUCGAGAAGUGGAACCUCCACAAGCGUGUGGCCCUGCGUAUGGUGAUGAUGGCGGGGGCCAAGCCUGGCAUGUUGGUGCUGGGCUUCAUGUGUUGCACCACCUUCCUGUCCAUGUGGCUCAGCAACACCUCCACCACGGCCAUGGUGAUGCCAAUAGCGGAGGCCGUGCUGCAGCAACUCAUUUGCACCGGCAUGGCGGACAACAUGGAGGACAACAUGGCGGACAACAUGGAGGAUGACAUGGAGGAUGACAGCGACAAAGAAGAAAACCUGGACAACAACCGACUGGAGCUGCACGACAGGAGUCAGAGCAGAGGAGCACAGAAAGUGAGAGGGGAGAGGCCUCUACUGGAAAGCAAUGACUGCAAGAAGAAACAUGAGCUGUCUGCACUUUGCCAGGUCGCCAGCGGCGAGGCCAAUGGAGCGACUCCAAACGCCACCCAGGAGGUCAUCAGGCACACCAACGGACAUUUGCCGCAGGUUGCCGUGGAAAUGCCAAACGUAAAGCGAGUGAAGGCCAGGCGGGACUCCCAGUACCCCACCAAGAGAGAUCACAUGAUCUGCAAAUGUCUGACGCUCAGCAUCACCUACGCUGCCACCAUUGGCGGCCUCAUCACCAUCACCGGCACCUCCACCAACCUGAUCUUCGCCGAGCAGUUCAACACCCAGCCGGGACAAAGACGUUACCCAGACGCCAAAGUCAUCAACUUUGGCACCUGGUUCAUCUUCAGUUUCCCCAUCGCCAUCAUCAUGCUGGUCCUCACCUGGCUGUGGCUUCACUUCCUCUUCCUGGGCUGCAACUUCCAGGAAACAUGCUCACUGAGUAAGAAAUGCAAAUCUAAGAGAGAGAUGAUGUCAGAGAAGAGAAUACAGGAGGAAUAUGAAAAACUGGGACCCAUCAGUUACCCAGAGGUGGUCACCGGGGUUUUCUUCAUCCUGAUGACUCUGCUGUGGUUCACAAGAGAGCCAGGAUUCGUUCCCGGCUGGACGUCUCUUUUUGAGAAAAAAGGUUACCGGACUGAUGCGACGGUGUCUGUCCUCCUGGGCUUCCUGCUCUUCCUCAUUCCUGCCAGGCGACCCUUCUCCUCGUCCUCCUCCAGCUCCAGAGACCCUGUUACAGUGUCGGAUCCACUGGCUCCCAUGAUCACCUGGAAGGACUUCCAGAGACUGAUGCCGUGGGAGAUCGUCAUCCUGGUGGGCGGAGGCUACGCCCUGGCUGCCGGCUGCAAGGUGUCAGGCUUGUCGGUGUGGAUCGGCCGACAGCUGGAGCCCAUGAGUGGACUCCCACCCUGGGCCGUCACCCUGCUGGCCUGCCUGCUGGUGUCGGCGGUCACCGAGUUUGCAUCCAACCCGGCCACCCUGACCGUCUUCUUGCCCAUCCUGUCUGCGCUGGUUUGUGGACAACAAUACCAUUACCAAAACAACUAACAUCAAAUAAUACAA